AUGGCUUCCUCACAUUUGCCAAAAGCCAUAGAGAACCCAACUCUUGAGCUCAAAGUUGUAUCAGCCAGUGACCUCAACCAUGUCGAUGCCACAGACAAGAUGGACGUAUACGCCGUCGUUUCAGUUAACGACGAAACCAAACAAGCAGCUAAAACACCCAUCGACUAUGAUGGUGGUCCAAAUCCGACGUGGAAUCACACCGUCACCUUUACCGUCAACGAAGAAGCCGCCCGUGAAGGCCUAAUAACCCUCAAGGUAGAGUUAUUUAGCUAUUGGCUCGAAGGGAAAGAUGACAUUUAUUUAGGAGACGUCAACGUCUCGGUUCAUGAACUUUUAGCCUCAAAUCCACUUCCACCGUUUGCAAACGGUAACGUCAAUAAAAUGAAGUCGUUGACUUGCCCUAUCAAAGUCACCGAAGGAGGAAGUAGUACCAACGCAAAGUUGAGCCUCUUGUACCGGUUUAAACCAGUACCCGUUGAGGAUUCAUAUCCUCUACUGCCUCAGGAUCAUUCCCCAUCGAUUGGUCGACCCGUUUAUCCACACCCGGAUCCAAAAAUAUCAGUUCAGCCCGUCAUAGUCUCACCUCCGUUACAAACCACCACGACUAAACUGAUCCUAGAGAUUGUGAUCAAAGUCGCUAAAAACAUUGAAGAUGUCAACGCCUUCUUGGCUAUGGAUGUAUACGCUUCGGUUGCUAUAUGUAAGGAUAAAAAAGUUAAAGAUAGGAUCAAUACUCCUGUCGCUUUCUCGGCCGAUACAAACCCAAAGUGGAACCAGAUGAUGAAGUUUUUAAUCGAUGAGAAAGUAGCUCAAGAAGGGCGUUUGAUGCUCCUAGUGGAGUUGAUGAGCCACAGGCCUUUCCUUGGUGACAAGGAAAUAGGAUCUGUUAGGCUUCCGAUUCGACAACUGUUAGGCUCAAAUCCGCCUUCAUCAUCAGCAUGCGGGGAGGGUAACGGUAUGAAGUUGGAGACACACGCUUUGACUGGUCCUUACGGGAAGAAAGGUGUCGUGAGCUUCACGUAUAGGUUUCUUGCGCAACAAGUUAGAGUUGCAACUGUUCCAACGCCUUCUACAACAUCCCAACCAUGUGUUAUGUAUCUACCGGUCUCGUCUCAUUAUCCAUCACAUGGGUAUCAACAAUAUAUACCACCGAAACAGGAAAGUCAAAUGAAACCGCAGCCACUACUACCACAACAUUCGGAGGUUAAACCACUGCCUCAGCAGCAGUUCACUCAGUCACUAUCGGACACACAAGAAGCAUAGAUGUGUAGCUACAUUAACCCAUGGAAAUUUAAGUGUUUUCAGCCUUGUAAUUAUUAUAAAAUGCAUUGUACUACCUUUUCCUUCUGAAUCUGUAAAAAAUAGUUUGCUUAUAUUUUUAAUCCAUUUGUGGUGUUCCUA